AUGGCAAAACUAAUGAAGAAGGAUGCUGAGGCUCCUCUAUGUUUUGAGAGUACUUCUGUUCUGGCUCCUCAUUCUUGGGAAGAAAAGCUAGCUAAGCCAUUCACCAUCUCUCCAGCCUUGAUCAACCAGAAUUGCUCAUUCUCCAAUUAUCUCAGAAAACUCAGUGCUGAGAAGGAUAAGGACCAACAGCAUAUGAUGUUCCUUCUGUAUUGGCUGAACAAGUUCAUUAUGCCCAACCGCUCUUCUGCAGUUUUGCUUGAGUACAGACAUUUGGCAGAAGCUUUGCACAGCCACACUGAUGUUGGACUCGGGCCUUCAGUUCUGGCUCAUCUAUUCAAGAACAUGCAUAUUGCUACCUUGGAGAAUCCGCUAAAUCUGUCUGCUCCCGGUGCCUUCUGGAUGAUCCAGAUCUGGUUGCAGGUCUAUUUCCCUGAAUUGAGUAUCCCAGACAUAGUUCUGCCUGAGGAUCAAGUUCUGGCUCAGCCAUUGAUGUCGGCAGAAGUGCCCAAGCGUUCCAUUGAAGAAUACCUGAUGUUCUUCAGGCACUGCACGAAGAGAUCAGCAGCUCAGUGGCAAGUGGUGAUCAGGAGAACCUAUCCUUGGUUCCAGCCUGGAUACCAUUUGUUUGAGAAGGAGCCGAAAGAAGAAGCAGCCAAAAUUGAUUUCAGGAAGAAGUUCCUGAGUGUGACCCUCCCAAGAGACCUACCCCAUGGAGGUGGGAAGCCUCCCAAUUAUCAUCUGGGGGCAGAAACGCCCUAUAUCCGUCCUGGGAACCCAACUCCUGCAGUUCUGUCGAUUUUGACGCCUGGUGGAAGGCUCGAUUUCGAAAUCUGCCUGCUUCUAGCACUGCACUAUCCUUCUUUGGCACAAAAUGUUGGUGAUCAGUCUGCCCAGGCUAGAGAAGUGUUUGCUACUUCUGUCAUAACUGCUGGGGACCUGGAGCUUCCUUCUAGAGAGGAAGAAGAAGAAGAAGAAGAAGAAGGUCAAGCAGAACAGACUUCCGUCGAGGCCACUCCUGCUCCUAGAAGGAAAAGGAAGGAAACUGCUCAACCAGCCACUUCAGCUGAAGGCCCUUCCCCUCAUCCUACUAAGUCAAAAAGGCUUAUAAAGAGGACAGUGGUGGAAUAUGUGGCCACAGAGGAAACUGCAGCAGUUCCCACUGCCACUUCUGACACGGAUGAAGAGCUGAGAGAGGCUUUUGAGGCUGUGGACCAAGAGAAGGAGUUGGAAGAAGUAGGAGAGGGGCCUCAGGAGAAGGCCAAGACAGUGGAAGAAUAG